AUGAGAGUGUCUGCCGUCAUCUGUACUCUGACCACUGCUGGCUUUGUCGCGGCUUUACCAGUCGCUCCUGGUGUCAACCGUGAUGCAACUCGGGAUUCGCUUUUGCCAAGGGGAAUAGACUCUCAGAAUUCGGCUAACCCAAAUAGCCUUCACUCUCUGGGUUCCGCCGUUCCGGGAAACAUCCAUGCUCGGAAUAGCCCCCCGAAAACUGAUCCCAAGAAGUGGAAAAGCGAUCACAAACACGACACCGAUGAUGAAGACGAUACCGACAGAGAGCACGACACCGAUGGUGAAGACGAUACCGACGGAGAGUACGACACCGAUGACGAAGACGAUGCUGAUCGCAAGGGCCAUCGCGGCAGUGAGCCCCACGGGAACGAACGCAAUGACAAGAGGAAUAAUGACAAAAACCAGCACGGAAAGGGCAAUGACAAUGGCAACAAUCACCACCGUAACGGCAACGAAAAUGGCCACGGUAAUGGAAAUGGAAAUGGAGAUGGACACCAUGACGAGAGGGACAAUGACAACGCCCAUCAUGGAAGAGACAACGGCAACGGCAAUGUAAAUGGCAACGGUCACGGCAAUGGAGGUAACUAA